UUGCGAGAUCGUGUCAUUCCACAACCGCUCUUCCAACCGGUGCCUUUUUCACGGAAAACGUUUCUUCCAAAUUUGUGAUAACUAGAGCUGUGAUUAUCUGAGUCUGCCUUGCGCAUUGUCGAUAUUUAAAUAAUAGGUGAAACGUUUACUGUAGAAAUUAUAUCUUGAUUCAUAAUUCUGUCUCCCUGACUGAGGAUCACAGAGUCUUCAACUUCCUUCUCCUGAUCAUCGUCUUCUGACUAGUAAUAGGAAACGCUUUGGAAUUACUUCCAAAAAUUUCAAAGGAACAAAUUUCGAAGCAGAUUCGAUUAAAAUGAGCGGUAUAAUGGACGUGACUGACGGGCAAGAGACUGCUUUGGCCGCAAUGGCCCCACCGACUGAGGAGGAGCGUAAGAGUAAAUAUGAGGAGCGAGAGUACCAGACUUACCUGUAUGAAUGUGCGCUGCAGAAAAAUGUCAUAAUUUGUCUCCCCACGGGAUGUGGGAAAACAUUUAUUGCUGUCCAAGCCAUCUCGCACUAUCUAAAGGAAGCAAAUCAAAGUGACAAUAUGAAGAUAAUGUUUAUCGCAUCGACCGUGCCACUUGUGCGGCAACAAGGGCGAUACUUGAGAGAACAUCUCGGAAAUGGGUCGAACGAUAUUGUUGGAAUCGUCACUGGCGACAUAAGGCCAGAAGACUGGGAUGGUAGCAAAUGGAAACAAAUCCUGUCCGAACACAUUGUUUUCGCUAUGACGGAUCAAAUUCUUCGGCAAGCUGUGGAGCGGGGACAUGUUAGAUGGGAGAAGGUGUCCCUUCUGGUUGUGGACGAAUGUCACAACGCUACCAAAAAUCAUCCCAUGGCGAUACUAAUGGGGGUUUAUAGAGAUGAAUUUAAAACAGGGAAACGACCUGGAAAAGAGCUACCUCGAGUGAUUGGCUUAUCCGCAACAAUUGUGGUUGGAAAUUCCAAAGUGAAUCGGAUUGCGCAAAACAUCUCUGAGAUAGAAACUAGAUUUUGCUCUAAGGCCGUGACAUAUCAUGAUUACCAAUCAGUAUCAAGAUGUGCCACCCAAGCUAACAUCACCCAUUUGUUUUACACCCCUACAUCUGAGUGGCAAAUAUCAGAUAUCGAUAUUACAAUAAGGUUAUCAGACCUUUUAAUGGGUGUAAUAGACAAAUUGACAACCUUGGAAAAAUUCCUGAUUGAGAAACCUGUCAGACUAAAAAAUCACAGGGACGAACAAGGGUAUACCAACUUUUGGAAGCCAGAAAGCCCGAUAAAAGAAUUCGUGGGACAUAUUAAAGAUAUUAUGGACGUUCUUGUAGAAAUGGGUCCGUUCUGCGCCGAGAACGCAGUACUAUACAAAAUAGCGUAUGUCCGCUACCAAGUCUACAUAGAAAAACGAAAGCCGAACACUCUUAACAAUACAAUAUCGAGCCAAAUAUUCGCCCUGCAAUGGCUUGAAACUCAGUUUGAAUAUAUUGCACGGCAGUUAAAACACUUCAUGUUUUACGCGUCUCCUUCAAAUUCGAAUGAAAGUCACUACGUUGUAACUUUCAUUACACCAAAGCUGAAAAAACUCGUUGAGGUGUUAAAGACCCAGAGACCAGAUAUUACAAACAGCAAAGACUUCUGUGGAAUCAUCUUUUGCCAAAAGCGAAUUACAGCACAAAUGCUGUGUUACUUUUUACAGGAUCUUAGCAAAUACUGCCCUGCGGAAUAUGGCUUCCUCAGUUGUUCUUUUGCUCUGGGAACUUCCGGAAAUAAUACUGGAAUCACGCAGACAGUGGCCUUAAGAAAACAGACAGACGUCUUGGAAAAUUUUCAUCAAAAACGGAUCAAUAUUCUAGCGGCGACUAAGGUGUUAGAGGAGGGAUUGGACGUGCCAAGCUGCAACUUCAUUUGCCGCUAUGACCCAAUCCUGACCUAUCCGUCGUAUGUUCAAUCAAUGGGCCGUGCUAGACAACGGGGGGCCAACUUCUUCACCCUGCUGCCAACAGGUUCAGCAAAGGAAGAAGUGAACAAGUUGGCACAGUACGCCAGGUUCAGUGAUUCGUUAAGCGAAGCCCUAAUACACCAGGCGGAGCUCUCAGAGAGAUAUUAUGACACUGAAGAUAGUUCAGAUUUAAAUAAGAUUAUUCCACCAUUCGUCCCUUCCAAUGGACCUCAGAUGAUUACUGCAGGUUCAUCAACUCAAAUAGUGUACAGAUAUUGUGAAGCCCUGUGUACCGACAAACUGUCAACGUUGACUCCAUAUGCGAAAUGGAUUGGGAAUGAUAAAGGGGAGUUCAAAGUUAAGGUUCUACUUCCUCCCAGCUCGUGUGUUAAGUUUGCAGAGAGUGAUUGGUACUCUAAUAAGUCGGUUGCGAAAAAAGCAGCAUUUUUAGAAGUUUGCAAAAAGCUCUAUUAUGCUGGAGCACUGCAUCCGGACACGUUACUCCCAAUUCCGCGAUUUGUUCCCACACAUUUGAGCGACUUUAUUGACAACUUGGAGGACACGUUGGAGGUGCCCAAAGAAGGAAAGAAAAUUGGGUCGAAAAAUAGUACCAAGUGGUACAAUAAAAUGAUUCCUCGUGAAUUUCUAAAGUCGGAAACAAAUGAUCUUCGUGUAUACCUAAUUGAAAUCAAAGUGGAAGAACAUUUCACUACGGAUAAAGACACUAAAUCGCUCUAUGAUUUUGAUAAUCAUAAUUUCUCCUUUGGAAUUAUCACGGCCGCGGAUUUGAGUAAAGUACCAGACUUUCUCUUAUUUUCUAGAGAUGGGAACUUCCGCGUGCAUCUUGAGAAAGUUGAAAUUUAUGAGGACGGAAUUGCUACGAACAUUUCAGGCGAUAAGCUGGAGAAUAUUAAAAUAUUUCAGAACUUAUUGUUCUGUAAUGAUCCAGAAUUAUUGCAUUUUACAAAUCUGGUUUUUUCUGAUGCUGUUGAGAAUCCGUACUUUAUUGCUCCUCUUCAAAGAAACGAACGAGGCAAUAUGGAAUUGGCGUUACGUAUUAUUACUAGUAUGCAAAAUGGGCAAAGUGUCAACUAUAAGGAAGAAAUAUCUAUGGCUGACCGCAGGGAAAAAUUAUUUGCACCAGAAAACUUUAGUAAUGCAUUAGUCAUUCCCAGUUAUUCUCCAAGUCAUCAUGAGCGGCAGAAGUAUUGCAUUCUGGCUUUGGAUCCUUCCCGUAGUUCAAAGUCUUCAUUCGACUCUCCAAAGUUUGAUAGUUUUGUAACAUAUUACAAAGAAAAACAUGGGAUUGUCAUCGUUAACAAAGAUGACCCAUUGUUAAAAGCGAAGCCAAUUUCCAAACAAUUGAAUUACUUAGUAGCUAAAUACGAUUCUUGGAAGAUGACUGCGGAAGAAAGGCGAGAUGGGAAACAUUCUUCAUCUAUUGUAUUUCUCAUUGCGGAAUUGAUGAGAACUCAUCCUUUGCCUGCGACCUUAUUCGUCCAAUCAAAGCUGCUUCCCUCUUGCAUGCAUCGCGUCUUUAGACUCCUCCUUGCUCACGACAUUCAAUCCUCGGUGAAGAAUUUUCUUCAAAUGCGCGACGACGAUUUGACGUUCUUCAACAAGCAACGACACGAGGAAGAGCUCCAAAAUUUGAAUCAAAGUACAAAGGAGAAAGCGAUAUUCUCUAUGAAUCUUGGGAACAUGAUACCCGACGUUACUAAAUCACGUGAUGUUGAAGUCAAACAAACUUCGGACAAAUCUACCAUCCCUCGAGAUGAAAUGACGCUCUUUUCUUUGAAAAGAAAAUUGCAUUGGGUUGAGAUAGAAUAUAUUCAUCCAAAAAAUAUAAAACGUACUGACUUAGAGGAUCCAUAUCUAAGCGAUGAUGACGAUGAAGAAAUGGCUGAGAUUUCCGGUCAUCCAGCAGAUUCCCUUUCUACUAGAACUGGGAUAGAAUUAAUUUCAAGCAGCCAAGUUCCUUUAACAAGUUUCGAUGCAUAUAAUGACGCUCCAGAGCAACCUCUGCUAACUUCGAUUAUGGAGGCAAUAACGUUAGCAAAUGGGCGAGAUCUUCAAGAUCUUGAAAAAUUGGAGUUGAUUGGGGACUCCGUCCUCAAACUAGUAGUCACUCUCCAUAUCUUCACUCAUUUUUGUCAGUUUCACGAGGGUCAACUGACAGGUCUCCGAACUAAACUCAUCAGCAAUAAGCAUCUCUACGCCAUUGGAAGCAAGAAAAAUCUUGGAGAAUUCUUGGCUGGUGGGUUAUUCGAACCUGAAAGUACUUGGCUUCCGCCUGGCAAAUCUAUUCCUUAUAAGCUAACAAAAAUGGCAGUUGAGAACGAGGUAAACUACAACGUCUUCCGACUUGCCAACCGCAAUACUAGCAAAGUGAUGGAUGACCAUUCGUCCAUUUCCACCAUUCCGGAAGAGGAAUUAAGUGAAAUUGUGAAAGAUCGGGCAGAGAACUGCAAAAGAGAGAUCCAAGAGCUGGGACCCACCCACACUUCGUACACCCACUCACGACUUGGAGACAAGAGUAUCGCAGAUUGCGUUGAAGCUCUUAUUGGCGCGUAUUACUUGUCCGGUGGGAUCUCUGGGGCUUUGAACCUGAUGAAUUACAUAGGCCUUCGAGCUCCAACCAACGAAAAGCCUGUUAAUCAGAUAAUGUACCAAAACAUUAAGGAUUUACCUCGUUUAAAGAAUGUAUAUCCUAAGGAACCUCAAAAUUUGAUUUAUGGCCCUUCAGUGGAUUACCUGGAGCAAGUCUUGGACUACAAGUUCAAAAAUAAAUGGAUCAUUGUGGAAGCUUUUACACAUCCUUCGUACACGCAUAAUGGCUCAACAAAUGCAUAUCAGCGUUUGGAAUUCUUGGGAGAUGCUGUGUUAGAUUUCCUCGUGACCCAUCAUAUAUACAAUACCCAAAAGAAAGUAACUGCGGGGUCGUUGACUGAUCUGCGAUCGGCCCUAGUAAACAAUGUUACGUUUGGGUCUCAAGCAGUGCGUUAUGGAUUUCACAAGUUGCUGCUCCAAUUCUCUCCUAGACUGCAAGAAAGUAUUGAUAAAUUUGUUAAGUAUCAAGAACGGAAUAAUCACGAGGUCUCAGAUUCCUUCGAACUACUGACGGACAAUGAUUGCGUCAUGGCGGAAGACAUUGACGUGCCAAAGGCACUUGGGGACAUCUUUGAGUCAUUGGCCGGUGCCGUAUUUAUAGACUCUGGAAUGAGCCUAGACACCGUAUGGACAGUUUUCUAUCGGCUCAUGAAAAAUGAGAUUGAUAUAUUCUCUGCCAAGAUUCCUCGCCAGCCCAUUAGGCAACUUCAUGAGGAAUUUCCUACCACUAGAGGAAUAGAGUUUAAUGUUGUGUCAGAAGAUGCUAUUGGCGCUACCACACCACAAUUUAUUGUUGAGCUGGUCAUCUCUCGGCGCAGAAAAUUCCUUGGGUGUGGAGCGACAAAGAAGAGUGCCAAAAAUGCGGCGGCGAAAUAUGCAUUAAAAGUGAUACAUAGUGAAAAGAAAAAGAAAUGAUUGGUGCAUGUAAAAUAGACUUAAUGUUGUUAUUGAGAGGAAUUCAGUUAUUUUUUAACGCUUUAUUUUUUUAAAACUUAUUUGUAUUUAUUUAUUUUGAAAAAACUUGUCAUUAGUCAAACUAAGUAUUUUUUAUGCAACUUUAGUCUAAUAAUAUGUUGAUGCAGAAUUGUGAAGAUUCAUUUAAGAAACUUAAAACUUUGUAUAUAUUUCAUACAAUUAAAAUUAGCAAAUACAGAAACGUAUGUAUA